GUGAUGUGUUGCAAUUGCUGCAGUGUUCGCCAGCAGAAGAUUUGGGUUUUUACCUUUGGAAGCCUUUUUCUCGCUAUUGGACUUUUUCUGGUCACAAGCUGGCCAGCGGUAUCCCGUCAAUGGAUUCGCAGUCUCCUGCUUCUGACCCCCAAUUCCUUUAUCUACAAACGAUGGGUCACCACUCCGAUGCCAGUGUACAGCACAAUUUACCUCUUCAACUGGACUAAUCCCGAGGAUUUGAACACCGCGGGCGUUAAGCCCAACUUUGAGCAGCUGGGACCGUACACCUUUAGUGACUUUAAGGUCAAGGAAGACUUGGAGUGGAAUCAGCCCGAGGUGACUUAUUUUGGCAAGCGCACCUGGCAUUUCCUGCCCGAUAAAUCUAAUGGUUCACUAGAGGAUGUGGUGAUUGCCCCACAUUUUCCAUCGUUGACAGCUGCCUUGUAUUCCCGCCAAAUGCGCCGCACCCUGCGCAAGGUCAUGAACUUUGCCCUCAAUCGCGAGGGCGGUGCCACCCACAUGACCCACUCAGCUGGUCAGUGGCUCUUUGAUGGCUACUACGAUUAUCUGCUGGACUUUGUGGAGCAGUUGCAUUCACCUUUGCUGCCGGUUUACAGCAACACUUUUGCUUGGUUUUACGAGAGAAACAACUCGAAGACAGCCGAGGGAAACUUUACAAUACACACUGGCCAUGGUGAUCGCACCAAGUUGGGGGAUCUCCUUGCAUGGAAUGGCAAGAAUUCUACUGGAUUUUAUCCCGGUGAAUGUGGCAAGGUAAAUGGCAGCACUGGAGAACUCUGGUCACCGGAGAGAAGGUGGGAUCAACCCACUUCGAUUUUCCUUCCCGAUGCAGCGCGUUAUUUGAACCUUUUCCCCAGAGAAAACCUUACUGUAGAUGGCAUUAAAGUCUGGCGGUAUGAGUCCACCAAUCUCACCCUCGACAACGGACAAAUAUCGCCUGACACUAACUGUUUUUGCCUGGAGAACCGCGAGUGUCCGCUGAACGGAGUCCUGGAUUAUGGACCACCUGCCUUCGAUGGUCCUUUCUACAUGUCGCAUCCGCACUUUUACCUCACGGAUGAAAUGUACAGGGAGAACACCACGGGAUUGAGGCCCCAGGAAUCGGAGCACGGAAUGUUCGUCAUAAUGGAACCCACUCUCGGAAUACCAUUGAGGCUGAGGGGACAACUUAUGAUUAGCACUAAAGUUGUGCGCGAUGAGGCCAUUGACUUAUUUAAAGAUGUGGCUUAUGAUCACUAUGCACCACUUUUCACCAUGAGAAUGCAUGCAGAUCUAGAUGAAAGUCUCACCAGUUUACUAAAGAUUGCCCUAAAUGCUGCGACUAUUGGCUUGUAUGUGGGAGUCGGAUUUCUUCUUGUGGGUCUAACAAUGAUUAUAGUCGGCCUUUUGGUCACAAAUAAUCACAAAUGGAACAACGAACAAAAGACCAAUGGCUGUCAAGAACCCAAAGUGGAGCACAAACAAGCCAAGUGCACUUGAUACCGAUAAGACUGUUAAUGCCGACAAAACAAUAAUCUCGUCAAUAAUUUGGGAAAAUUUUGGGCAUUGUUUAAGGCCGUAAUCAGUCAGAGGUCUUUAAAGACGGGCCAUAAAAAAUGCAAAUUACGUGCUUGGCCAGAUUAUCCAAUUUCGUUCAGGUGUUGCCCAGCUGCAGGCAUCUAGAAUUACACUAAAUUAUGGCCUUUCAAAUAUGCUAAAAUUUAUUAAUAUGUUAAUAAUUGUUUUUUGCUGUUCGUUCAUGCCAUGCAAAGAAGGAAGGCCAGAAAUCCUUGAGCACGUAAGCUGCAUACUUUAUGGCGUACGAACUCUUUCACCAGGCAAAGCCGGCAAAUACCGAACUGGAAAUUUGAAAAAUGCCAAAAGAAUAUUAUAAGCGACUAAUUUAUAUGCACCAAGCACGCAAACUUACGUUUUGCACACACAUUGUUUGUGGCCCACGAAAGGGACGAAGUAGCAAGUUAAACAAUGUACGAAAAUAUGAAAAUUAUAUGACUGCCAGUAUGUGUCGGCCAUAACUUUAACAAAAUCUCCGCUGGAGUGAGCAAACUGGGGUAAUAAAAAUACAUUGUUAAAGUAUUUCCAUAGACAAAUAACAAGGUUUGCAGAAAAGAUAUUCAAACAACUGAAAACAAAUCAAAUCAUAAAAAAUAAA